GCGCCGCCCCCCGUCGUUCCCGGAGCAGCAAGAUGGCGGACACAAUGAGGAGGAGCCGCCUCUCCGCGGCCUGAGCGGGCCGACCCGCGCCGGAGGGCGCUGCCCGCCCCGGCCCGCCGCCCCUCCCCGCCCCUAGCCGCCCCGCCGGGCGCUUCCCGGUCCUGCCCGUCCGCUCCCGCUGCCCGCCGGCGCCCCGCCCGGCUCCUCUCGGCGCCGCCGCCCUCGGCGCGGCCCGGCCCGGCGGCGGGAUGAAGCUAACGGACAACGUGCUGCGGAGCUUCCGCGUGGCCAAGGUCUUCCGCGAGAACUCGGACAAGAUCAACUGCUUCGACUUCAGCCCCAACGGCGAGACCGUCAUCUCCAGCAGCGACGACGAUUCCAUCGUUCUCUACGACUGCCAGGAGGGCAAACCAAAAAGAACACUCUACAGUAAGAAGUAUGGAGUGGAUCUCAUCAGAUACACACACGCUGCCAACACUGUCGUGUACAGCUCCAACAAAAUAGAUGAUACAAUCCGAUACCUGUCCUUGCAUGACAACAAGUACAUUCGGUAUUUCCCAGGGCACACAAAAAGAGUGGUCGCUCUUUCAAUGUCUCCAGUGGAUGAUACUUUUAUUUCUGGAUCCCUUGAUAAAACUAUUCGGCUUUGGGAUCUCCGCUCCCCAAAUUGCCAGGGUUUAAUGCACCUCCAGGGAAAACCUGUAUGUUCUUUUGACCCAGAAGGAUUGAUUUUUGCUGCUGGAGUCAAUUCUGAAAUGAUGAAGCUUUAUGAUCUCCGUUCUUUUGACAAGGGCCCGUUUGCUACGUUUAAGAUGCAGUACGACCGAACAUGUGAGUGGACAGGCCUGAAGUUCAGUAACGAUGGCAAACUCAUCCUCAUAUCGACCAAUGGAGGCUUCAUUCCAUUGAUUGAUGCCUUUAAAGGGGCUGUCCUGCAUACAUUUGGGGGGUAUAACAACAGUAAGGCUGUCACACUGGAAGCAUCAUUCACACCAGACUCUCAGUUCAUCAUGAUAGGUUCAGAGGAUGGGAAGAUUCAUGUUUGGAAUGGGGAAAGUGGGAUGAAGGUGGCUGUGCUGGAUGGGAAACACACAGGUCCCAUCACCUGUCUGCAGUUCAAUCCAAAAUUCAUGACUUUUGCUAGCGCAUGUUCCAAUAUGGCCUUCUGGUUGCCAACCAUCGACGACUAAUUCCGACACUGGAGCUGCUGUCAGAUGACUUCCAUACGGCCAGCAGCAGCCCAUCGUUGCAAGCAUAGUAUUGGAAUGGCCUAGGUCUCCUAGACUGUGUUCCUGCUCCUGCAUAUGUUUCCACCUGUCUUAUCUUUAUUUGCUGCAUUCCUUUGUGAGGACUCCUCCCCUCAGCCUCCCAGCAUGUUCAGAAGAGUCAUGCUCCAGGUUCUUACCUUCCAGUCCGGGCCCAGCAGGCUUCAGCUGAACUUGGAACUGACACAGUAUUAUUUCUAAGAGCAAUGAAGUCUGUUUUAUUUACAAA